AUAGUUUCGCCGGCCACCGCACGAGAGCGCUCAUGUCCCUCAUCUUUUUUUGAAGCUUGAUCUUCAGCUAUCUCCAUAUUGCUUUGGUGUUUAUUUCAGAAGAGAAAAUGGAUUUCUGUCCUUUGUUUUCUACUUAAAACUAUACCACAUCAUGUGAGACGAGUGAUUCUUCAGGAUUAAGUGGAAAGAUGAGUUGACCACUUUACAAGUUUCAAAGCAAAAUGGCGAGUAAUUGGAAUCAGUGGCCUUCGGGUAAUCCAUCUGCAGCGGGUGUGAGUGCAUCCAUCCCAGGAAAUGCAGCUUCAUAUCAGAUGUAUGCAGGCGGUUCUGCCGCACCCACUGGUGAUCCAGGGGCAGCUCAUCAGGAGAACUGGCAGCAGUGGCAACAGUGGCAAACUCAGUAUGCUCAGUGGCAGGCACAGUACGGCGAAAAGUACCAGGCUGCCUUAGCCGCUGGCCUAUCUGUGCCUGGAAUUGCAGCACACAAUGCAGCAGCAGCUUUGUAUACAACACCAACAAAUACUCCUGCUGCAGCUCCUCAACCUGUACAACCCCCUUCAUCAAUAAAUUCACAUAAUGCUAAUCAAAAACAAUUCUCAAGAGAGUCUAGAAAUGAGGAGUUUUUGGGGAAGAGAUCACGCCCAAAUGAUAGACAAUCUUUAGAGUCAGACCCUGCCAAAAAAUCUAAAGGCAAUUCUAGCCAUGAUCAAUUCAAGGAGAAUUCUGGCCAAGAUCAGUUCAAACCAAACAGUUCUGAAAGUCAGGAUAGGUCAGAAAAUGAAAAGAUGUUUGAUGAACAGUUCAAGCGGUGGGAGUCUCAGUUUGAUGCAUGGAAGAAACAAAACCAAAAUCAUCCCAACAAAGAGCAAUACAAACAAUACGAGCAAAAGUGGUUUACAUGGCGAGAGCAACUCAUUCAACGCCGAGAAACCAUGAGGAAAAAACGAGAACGCUCUACUGAUGGCAAGAACAAAAAUGAGAGUAAACCUCAAGCCCCAGCUGCUGCAGCAAAGCCUCCAUCUCAACCGCCACCACCAACUUCACUGCCACCACUACCUCAGGGUCCUCCUCCACCACCUCCUCCAGACACACCUCCAAAGCUUCCAGCAGGCCCUCCUCCUCCACCCCCAGAGGAUUUAAGUGAUAAGCCUUUACAAUUCAAGAAACCUGAGAAUGACUACUUCUCCAGCAAGCCUGCCAAAAAGCCUGCUGCUGCAGCCGUGGGCAUGGCUAUGGGCAGCAUGGGCAUCCCCGGCUUGGAGGGUGGCAAGAAUGAUGCUGGUGGCUCUCUACAACAGGGCUUCUUCGGCCAGGCGCUCGGCGGCCAGGCCGCUGCAGUCCCUCUCAACGCUCCCCCGGGUUUCUCGGCCGGGCAGCCGCAGCAGCCCGCGUACCCCAUGUACAACAACGCCAUGGCGGCCACCGGCUACCCCAGCCCUUACCAGUCGGGUCCUGCCGCCGCCGACCUCCAGGCCUGGAACCAGGGCUUCGGCCAGGGCGGCUACCCCGACUUCGCCCAGGCGCCUCCGCAGGUGCCCCCACUGGUGCCCCCUCAGGCGCCCCCGUCUCUCCUCGCCGGCCUCGGCGCCGGGCCCUCCGCUGGUCCGCAUGGCUUCCAGUCCAUGCCGUUUGAUGCGCCCCAGAACCCAUGGCAGUCUGAAGAGCAGGGGAACGACCGCAGGUGGGGGCCGUCCAGGUCGGCGCCAUCCAACGCCGCAUCCAGCUCGUCGCAGGACUACGACCCUCUGAAGAUGUUGGCCGAGGCCAGGCGGCGACAGGCCAACGACAGCAAGAAGGACGCGGCUCGCGGUCCCGACCAAGGACCCGACUCCAGGGGUCCUCAGGACAACUUUCCUGGACCACGCAAGGGUCCCUUCGGCUCCAGGGAUGACUUCCGCGCGGGGAGAGAGAACAAUUCGCGGGAUCUGAGCCCAGCCCAGCGGGGAGACUCCGGACCGAGGAGCUUGUUUGAUGGACCGCCACUCUUCCGUCCAGAAUUUGGUCGUGACGGGAAAGGACCAACCGACGAUGCCCGCAGCCCACGAGAUGACUUCAGAGGGCCGCAACCGCUUAUGAGGGGAAUGCAUGAUAAAUUCAAGGACUUCAGGAAGCCGGGAGAUAAUUUUAUUGACGACUUUAUGAGAGGUGCUCAAGAUGACUUCCGUGGCCCCCCUAAAGACUUCAGAGGACCAAAAGACAAUUUCAGAGAUAUGCCUAAUGACCGGAGAAGGCCUUUUGACGCCCCCAUGGGAUCAGACCGUUCACGAGGAGUAUCAGACGAACCCCGAGGACCACCGAAUCCUUUUAGAGGUCCCGAUCUGAAGCUUGGAGGACCAGGAAUGCUACCUAAGUUGGGAGAUUUGAAAGUUGGCAUCACUGACAGCAGUGAUACAAGAGAAGAAGCGAGAAGUGGUCCAAGUAAAUUUGGAGGACCAAUGGACAACAGGCGGGGUCCAGGUGACAAAUUUGCCUUGCCUCGUGAUUCUCCCGGACUACGGGAUGGUGCAGCAGGACCCAGAGACUCCCCCUCGUCUAUCUCUAAGGCAAUUAGCGAUGACAUGAAGGCACCAUACGAUCCUUUCAGAAGCCCAAGCGACGAUCUCAACAGCCCACGGGGUGACUUGCCUGGCAUGCCGCGAGGACCGGGUAUGAAAGAUUCCGGCGAACCAAAUGACAUGCCCCAAAUGCCAUUUGGCCGAGACACCCGCGGACAUUCUGGCGACCGGCGCGGGCAUUCUGGUGACCGACGCGGACAUUCUGGUGAUCGCCGCGGACCACCCGGUGACCUUCGAGGACCUCAAGGCGAUAUUCGCGGACCUCAAGGCGACCUCCGCGGACCUCAAGGCGAC